UCUCUCCCCUGUCAUUCUAUCCAUCUUGUCCAUUUUGUCCCAUUUCACUUCCAGAAGCUCUCAUCCGCACGAGCUGAUUGCCCCCUCUUCUCUUUUAUAUGCACGCGGCAGCUUCCCUGCCAUUGCGUUUUGUGACUUUUAACAGUUUGCCCGCCAGACCUCUGAUCUUCCCUCUUCAGCUCGCCAUGGCGACGGUACUGAACCCCAACGCGCCUCUUUUCUUCCCCACCACCACAUUCGCCCCCGCCGGAGACGAGCUAUCUGUCCACUAUCCUCCUCCUCGCCCUCCUCUGCUCAACCCUUUCUCUGCACUCCUCCCCCAACGAUAUGAACACAGUUGCAUCAGCAAAGGCACAAUUUUUAUCCACCCUUCCUUAAUCUAUUACCAAUCUCCUUCCAUUUCUGUUUUCCCAAAUUUCUCAUACUAUAUCCCGCCUUCCAAAUGCUUUAUUGAACCCGAAGCAACGGCGUUACCUAGAGUAGGCGACGGGGAGCUCGGUGGAGUUGUAGAAAAGCAACGGGUUUCUGAACUAAGCUUGCGAACCGUGUCUUCUUCUCGCUUCGCGAUUAGAGGGAUGCGAGGAAUUCGCCAUGGAAAUCAACUGAUGAAGAGGAGUUAUAAACAAUGGGUGCGCAAGUCUGCUUCUUUAGAUGAUAACUCGCCGCAAGAAACAAACUUUUGUUUGCCCGACGAUUUGCAUUUCACUGAUGAAAUGAAAAGCACCGUCAUGAUUAAGAAUGUACCAAACAAGAUCAGUAGGAAGCAGUUGUUAGAUUUGCUGGAUCAACAUUGCCGCAAUGAGAACAUGAAGAACACGGAAGAAGAUGCUGACACAGCAUUAUCUGAGUUCGAUUUUCUUUAUCUUCCCAUGGACUUCAUUAGCGGCAAUAAUCUCGGAUACGCAUUCGUCAACUUCACUACUCCAGCGGCCGCCACAAAGUUUUAUCAAGACGUGCAUUUAAAGCCAUGGAAUGAUACAUUUGGCUCUCGCAAGAUCUGCGAGAUAACCCACGCAAAAAUUCAGGGAUUGGAAGAGCUGGUAAAACACUUCAGACGAUCUAUUUUUACUUGCUCUUCGUCAGAAUAUUUACCCGUCUACUUCCAUCCAAGCCGUGAUGGCUCUCGCGAUUCUCCAGAACACUUGAUUGGAAAACUUCUCCAUCGUUCCACUUCUGGAUAGGCAGCAGCAGCAGUAAUGCGCCUUCUAUCUCGCUUUCUAUCCAUGCCUUCAGAAUCUGUUUAUGGGUGGAUAGACUGAGAGAAAGAUGACAGAUAUUAGGAAAGGUAGUUCUUUUUUUUACACGCA